AUGGAUAGAAGAAAUGUCACAGAUGUGACCUAUUUCAUUCUGGUUGGGCUCUCAGACUAUCCCACAGCCCAAGUCAUCUUCUUCUGUCUGCUUCUGGGAUCCUAUCUUGUCAAUCUGCUGGGAAAUAGCCUCAUUCUUCUCCUGAUCCAGUAUGAUCCCCACCUUCACACCCCCAUGUACUUCUUCCUAAGCAAUCUGUCCUUCCUGGACAUCUGUUUCAUAUCAACUAUUGUGCCUCAGAUGCUCAUCAACUGCUUAGUCAAGGUUCCCAUCAUCUCCCUGAAAGAGUGCCAGGCACAAAUGUGUAUCCUUCUCUACUUGGGUGUAGAAUGCCUUCUUCUGGCCAUCAUGGCUUAUGAUCGCUUUGUAGCCAUCAGUGACCCCCUGCACUAUGCAGUGAAAAUGAGACCUCAGCUUUGUGUCCAACUCGCAAUGGUUCUCUGGUUCAUAUCCUUUCUACUUUCCGUGGUCCCGGUCCUUACCAUGCCACUAGAUUUCUGUAGCCACUACAUUAUCAACCACUUCUACUGUGAACUCUUAGCUCUCCUCAAGCUUGCAUGCAAUGAUCUGAAGUUCUACGAACUGCUAAUAUUGGCCGUCAGUUCCCUAACUCUUCUGGUGCCCUUUACAUUUAUCCUAGCCUCUUAUGCACGCAUCUUGGUAAUUGUGUUGAAGAUGCGCUCAGCUGAUGGACGGAAGAAAGCCUUCUCCACCUGCAGCUCCCAUCUCACUGUGGUAGUUAUCUUCUAUGGCACUGCCAUUUCCAUGUACAUGAUGCCCCAGGACAAAGCCAGCCGAGAUGAAGAUAAGAUCAUCUCCAUAUUGUAUUGCAUUGUAAUCCCCAUGCUCAAUCCUCUUAUCUACAGUCUUCGGAACAAGGAUGUGAAGGGGGCUUUCAGGAAACUAAUGAGGGGAAAGAAUAAUCCCUAA